UGGGAAGAAGCAACAGGAAAAUAUGACAUGGGAAAGGGCAAUAGGGUGCUGGCGCUAACUGGCACUGGAUCGUCAGAGCUGAUUGUGCACAUCUUUUCCCAACUCUGCGCUCACUAACAUCAUGAGAGCUUGAAAUCCACCAUAGUGGGAGUAUUUACCAUUUAGCCCCCUUCAGCAGUGGAGGCUGUUCGUCCUCUCUCAUCCCUAUGUCUAGGAACAGAGGAAAGAAAGGGAACGGCACACUUUUAUCUCCUUUUGCCUCUCCGAACCAUUGCUACUCUGAUCUUCAAUUAUCCCCCCUUUUUUUGACACUCCCAGUGAAUUGCUCAAACCUCCUUUGCCUGACAACUGAGCAGGUUUACUGCUGAUUUACCCAAAUGAGAGCUUUGGUAUCUCCCUCCCAUGCCUUUCAUCCACUCCAAGGCCCAUCGGCCCACAGGGAUGAUCCAGGAAGCAUUGCCGUCUCACAAUCUUGUGACUUUAUCAACUUCAAGGACAUGUCACCUCUGCUCCACUUCAGACAUGCACAACCACAGCCACAUCUUGGAUCACAAAGCCAACUUUGGAACAGCUGCAUCUUUGAAAUGUGAUUAUGAUGACACCUUUUCUGCAGGAUUGAGGGAGUUGAACUUGUCAAAUUAAUGUCUACAGUGAUAUGUAUGAAACAAAGGGAAGAAGAAUUCUUGCUAACCAUCAGACCUUUUGCAAACAGGAUGCAGAAAUCCCCUUGCUAUAUUCCCAUUGUGAGCAGUGCCACCCUGUGGGAUAGAAGCACACCCAGUGCAAAGCACAUCCCUUGUUAUGAAAGAACUUCAGUACCCUGCUCCAGAUUCAUUAAUCACAUGAAGAAUUUCUCUGAAUCUCCUAAAUUUUGUAGUCUACACUUUCUGAAUUUUCCAGUAUUUCCAGAAAGGACUCAAAAUUCAAUGGCGUGUAAAAGACUACUUCAUACUUGCCAGUACAUAGUCCCCAGGUGUUCUGUAAGCACAGUUUCUUUUGAUGAAGAAAGCUAUGAAGAACUCCGUUCCUCUCCAGCACCAUCCAGUGAAACUGAUGAGGCCCCAUUGAUUUUUACUGCCAGAGGAGAAACCGAGGAGAGAGCCAGAGGAGCACCCAAGCAGGCUUGGAACAGUUCAUUUUUGGAACAACUGGUUAAAAAGCCUAACUGGGCACACUCAGUAAAUCCUGUUCACCUGGAGGCUCAGGGCAUACACAUCAGUAGACACACAAGACCUAAGGGCCAGCCCUUGAGCAGUCCCAAGAAAAAUUCUGGUUCUGCCGCCAGACCUUCCACUGCCAUCGGCCUCUGCAGGAGGAGCCAGACGCCCGGCGCUCUUCAGAGCACCGGCCCGAGUAACACAGAGCUCGAGCCGGAGGAGAGGAUGGCAGUCCCAGCAGGCGCUCAGGCACACCCCGACAUCCAAAGCAGACUCCUGGGCGCGUCCGGAAAUCCCGUCGGAAGAGGCGCGGUUGCCAUGGCGCCGGAGAUGCUCCCCAAGCAUCCUCAUAGCCCGCGGGACAGGAGGCCUCAGGCGGACACCUCCCUCCAUGGCAAUCUGGCAGGAGCGCCCCUUCCUCUGCUGGCCGGUGCUUCCACCCAUUUCCCCUCCAAGAGGUUAAUAAAGGUUUGCUCCUCAGCACCCCCCCGCCCAACCCGGCGUUUCCAUACGGUUUGUUCACAGGCCCUUUCUAGGCCGGUGGUGAAUGCUCACUUACAUUGACCGCUGCGAGGGAAUUGUUCGGCGAGUGCUGCCCAUCUUCAAAUCAAUGCCUGCUCAGAACAACAGAAAGGGCCUCAGAUGUACUGGUUUCCACAGAACCAUUGUUAGGCUUUUGUGAAGCAUUUUUGAACCUAAUAAAUAAUGUCAAAAGUCCCUAGCGCAGCCAAAAAUGUUCCUUUUGAAGCAUCUCUAAUAGUAUUUUUGUUCUGCGGUGUCUCCCAGUGUUACAAAGAAUUUGUGCCUCACAAUAGGGAUGGGGUACAUCGCGUGCCACUUUGCAGCGUGCCUCUCGGGAUUGUGAGGACCCCUCUUUGUUUUGCUUUCGCAGGUAAACGGUUUCACUUGCCAACUUCGCCUUUGGCUUAAGGAUGUUUUCUAAGGGCCUUUAGAAUUUCUAAAGAGAGGUUGGGAAAACAUAAUUGAAUGUCUGUAAUUUAAUAAUUUACAUGAAAUUUGAUUACUCCUGAUGUGCCCAGGGGAAUUUUUCAUGUCGUAUUAAGGAUUUAAUGUCAGAAACCUGAAGCUGGACCCCAGUUUGAGGCCCUGAAACACUUGGAACCAAGUUUAAUGUAAAAGAGGUGCUGAAUUUGCUGAUUUGUAAUACAAAAAACUGGAGCAGCUUAGGGAACCUUUUAUCAAACUGGUAAUUUUAGGCAAUACCUUUUAUUUUGUUAAUAUAGCAGCUUUUCUUCACGGUAGGAUUCUGAGACCAACUUCAUCAAUUGAUUUUAUGAGUUUAGUUUUUCUCUUUUUAAUAUAGUAGGGUUUUUUUCCCCUUCAGAAACAAAGAGAAGUCAAUGUGACCGAUAUGCAUACAUGCAGUUUUGCACUCAAGUUCCUUGAAAUUUUCCCACAAGCUUGGAUUCACAGAGUUUGAUAGAUUGAGGUUGUCAAAUCUUACUGCAUUAAAAAAAAUUUUUUUUUCUUCAGUUCAAAUUAAUAUACACAGUAUGAUUACAUUUAAGACAGCAUAAUGUCUCAAGUCCAAAUUUAAGUCUCAAGGUUUUGAGAGGAAUGAAAUGUUAUAAGCAAUAACUUCCUAACAUUUAAGAGUCUGUUUAGUCCUUUAGAGACUGAAGACUGUUUACUUUUUUUUAAUAUUAGCAUGCUUUAAGAAUUAUGCACUUUAAAGAAAAAUGGAACCCCUAAACUUUAGAGCUUUCUUGGUUCCAGAUUAAUAUGAUUUUUUAAUAAUAAAUAUGCUUUUAUUUUUAUUCAUUUAUUAACAUGGUUUAUUAUAAGACAAUGUACAGGUUAUCAAUGUUGAUUGCUGUGGUUUCCUGAGGAUAUAAUGGCAUGUGCUUACCAGAGUUCAUGUGACAAUCACAAAUUCAACUUCAUGCCAUUUGGUUGGAGAUAAAUGUGUUAGGCAAACUCAUGGACUUAUGUAGAAGUUUGAUUCUGGGAUAUUUUAAUUUGCUAUUUAAUUUCGAGUUAACACAACUGAUUUUUUUUAGUUUAAGACAUCAUUACUUUAAGUUAUUUUAAAACAAUUAACCAAAAAUUUGUAAUGGUCAAUUUCAAGAAUAGAAAAUGUACUUGAUAUAGUAGAUGGAUUCCUUCAGCUGUAGAAGUGCAAAUUCCUGAAUUUAUUAAAAAUGCAAAACAGAAGGAGAGAUCCUGUUCAGAAUUCAGAAAAGGAAUACAGGCUAAAGACAUAAAAUAUGUGGUAUUCUAAAGAAGUUUCCCAAAGUGUGUUUUGUGAAACACUGGUAUAAGAAAGAUAGUUUGUGAGAUGGAGAGUCCAUAGAUAAAUAUGUCUGAGAGAUACCCACCAUGCACCCUCUUAGAGAGUCAUAGUAACAUUAGGUGCCUGAGAAAUCCCAUAAUAAAAAAAAUCUGAUAAACUCUGUUUAACCCAAUGUCUAGCAACCUUAUUUCAUCAUGGAAUCCUGAUAGAUUUGUGUGUGUGUAAACACAUACGUGUUUUUGAAAAAAACUUAUCAGUACUUUGUACCACCAGUGUCCUAUGCAACACCCUUGGGAAAAAAUUGCUCAAAACUCUGUUCUAAAUACACCAAAGUCUAUGUAGAUUUGUAGGGUUCAAAGUAAGGAUUUCUUUUGAAAUUAGUGAGGUAAAAAUCAGGGCUAAAGAGAGAGCACUUUGAGACCCUAUUCUUCCUGGGAGCAGUGUAAUGAGCUGUCUCUGUUUAUUUGUCCUCAUUUUGGAUGCACAUGUUUGGGAGAAAAUUAGUUGACCCAGCCCUGAUCAUGCUCUUUAGUGAUGGAUGAGAAGCAUUUUCAACUCUGUCAUCGUCAUGGGCUGGAGGGGUUCAAGUCCUUUGGAAUGACAGCUUCUUUUGUACUAUAACUUAGACACAAAUGCACCAAGGUAAAUGUAGUGAAUUCUUUCCCAAUACCAUUUGUUCUGAAAACAGUGCUAAAUUAAACGGUAAUAACUGAGGAUGAAUCCAUUUAAGGAAGUAAAUAUUUUUAUAUGUAGCACAGGCAGUGAAGACUAGAAUGAGGUCCUAUUGUAUAAAACAUUUGUUUCAUAGGUUCCGAGUUACAGUUUUCCUUUAUUUCUUUAUGUGGUUUGACUUAUGGCUAUGUUGUAUUACCACACACUGUAAAUAUCUUUAAGGAACAUAAUAUGCCACUUCAUGGAAAAAUAUUUUUAUGAAAGUUGCAUUAGAAAAUAAAUAUUGAGAAAUAUACAAAUUUGGUGCACUGAAGAAACUAAGUAUUUAGGAUAAUCUCUAGUGAAUAAUGUUUACAAAUAAGGGCUCUUUUUAUAAUAUAUAAAAUAAUAAUUAUAAUAACAGCUAAUAUUUAUUGCGUAUCGUACUAGAGACUGUCCUG